UUUUCCUCAAUUUUCCAAAAUCUAAAAAUUUUACAAAUUCCAUUCAAAAUUUGUCAAUAAUCUUAGUCACUACUCUAAGUUCUCUCAAAGCACGAACCCUAGGAGGGUUUCUCCUCCUUUCUUCACGCAUACAGCAAUAGUCCCCUAGACCAGUCAUUGUUGCACCUUCUCCAGAGAUAUACGAAGCCUUCCGAGCUCACUCACCGAUAUACAAAGCCCGAGUCUGACUCCCUCUUGCUCACUCUCAGUUCAGCCCCUCUAGUUGCUUCCACUCUCGUUCACUCUCAGCUUAGUCCGUCAUUCACUGUCGCUGGCUCGCGUUCACUCACAAUGCUCAUCGCUCAGGCUGUCGCUGAUGAAGAUCGUUCUUCCUACUUCUUGACACAAAGAGUUCGUUCAUUAUUCAUUGAUGUGGCUUGACCUUUGUUGUCUAGAUCGGAUGCCAACACAUGUAGUUGGCCUUUCAGGUAUGAAGGUGCAGCCAAUGAGGGUGGUAGAGGACCGAGUAUUUGGGAUACCUUCACUCACAAAUAUCCAGAUAGAAGACAGAAGCAAUGAGGAUGUUGCAGUUGACUCGUAUCACCGCUACAAGGACAAUGUUCAGAUUAUGAAGGAUAUGAAUUUGGAUGUUUACAAAUUUUACAUGGUCAAGAAUUCUUCUGAAGCUUGAUCUGUCAUGGAGAAAGGUGCAAGUAGGAAAUAGAGAGAAGGAAAGGAGAAGUGCAAGAGGUAUGAAAUUAAACUUUUAUUUUUCUGAACACUUACAACUAAAAAAAGGAUUGUUUCCAUAAGGCUAUGUUAUUGUUUAACAUGCGAUAUUGAUUUUAUUUAACAUAGGCUGAGUCAAUAAUAAGUAACAUACAAAUAUCUAUAGCUUUAUAAUGAUGAGGUGUACUAUUUUCAUAGGGAUUUGCUAUUCAUUGAUUAGCCACUAAUAAAACGUAGGUUGUAUCAUCUGUUCUAAUCCGAGUUGU